UCCCAGAACUGGCACACGAUGACAAUGUGUUGGUUGCGUUGUCACCCUCUCAGCUCAACGCCCGCACAACUCGCCGUCCGCGUGUUGCUCCUCUGAAUGCUCGGCCCCCUCGCUUGCGAAAGAACAUUCCUCCCGCCGACGCCGACGAUGACGAGUUCGUUCCAGAACUGGCCGACGACGACCAUGAGUUGAUUGCAUUACUGCCCUCUCAGACCAAGACCCGCAUGCCCCUGCGCCCGGGAAAGCCAACCACUCCCCCUGUCGCUGCCCUACUCACGCCGUCCACCCAGUUUUCACGCAAACGCAAGUCUCUCACCGAUGUGGAUGAUGGUGUCCCUUCUCUCCGGACCAAACUCAACGACAGAUUUUUGAACCCCAGUUCGGGUGGAGAGCUCGGUCAAUAUACACUUGACAACGAAGGGCACUGGGAAAAGAGAGUGCGAGAGGCACUUCAGAUCCGAAGGGAAUUGAUGAUGUCUAUGUUAGAAGCUUGGAAUACAGAGGGCCGGUGCUUCGGCGCCGAGCCUUGUCCAAAUUCCUCGGCCCGAAGCUUGUCGCCGGUUGUAGCUUUUCGGCUUUCUCAGCCUCACCGGCAAGCCGGGGCCGGAGCGACACGGGCAGAACUUGAAAUCGUAUAUUGAGGUUGUUGGAGUUCCAAACUGGGUCCAGAGUUGUCGUUUGUUUGGAUAUUAAAUGAAGCUAUACUCUUCACACCUUCUGCCUGGCUGGCGAGCAGCACUGUACAGUUCUAAUUGACC